AUGGUUUCCAACGAUGAGUUAGUGUUUAACGAGCACCAACUUAGAAGCCUUGCCGAUGCAUGGAUGAUGAUUCACGAAACAGAGGCAGUAGAGGAAGCUGGAAUACCCCUUGACACUGCCGGAUUUCUCCACAUAAUUUUGGCAUAUGGAGAGGCUGAAGCGACGCUUCCACAUGAUCAAGUCUGCGCCUUCGUUGAAAAGACUAAUGGCCGCGCCCUUCCAAGCCAGCUGAGCCCAGACUACACCAAACCGUACGAGGAGGUUUACCACGACUUUGUAGCGUAUAUCUUUGAACAGACCAGGGACCUAAGACUACUGAAGACAACGUUUGGAAAACUCAAAGGGGUUCCAUCAUGGGUCCCUGAUCUUCGAUAUCUGGGAUUAAAUAUGACAUGGAUACCCCCACAAGUCAAGGCCAAGCUAAAGCUGUCGAAGUCUAGGCGAGAACUACAGGUAGAAGGUGUUAAGAUCAGUAUCUGUCAAGCACUAGUAUCGCCCAUGCCUAAAGUUAGCCAUUACGUUUCACAUCUCAGGGACCGUAUCAAUGAUAUAAAGGAAAAAUCAUCAAGCCAUCUGCGGUAA